AAAGGACAGAUUUUUCAGAAAUUACGAAUAUCCUCUAAUUCUACAAAAUAUAGCUUGCAUUUGGGAAUUUUACAGCCAUGGGUGGUGUACCGGAUGAAAACGAAGAAAGUCCAGCUGAAAACAGCUUAUACAUUUAUGUUGGCAAUCUUCAAAAGUCGGCCACCGAAGACCAGUUGCGAGACUUUUUCCAUGAAUGCAAAGGCAUUCAAACGGUUGAGUUUCGACUGGAGAACUGCGGCUACUGUCCGACGAAAAUAGCAUUCGUCAAAUUUGCACACCGGGACGAUGCCGUCAAAGCGCUUCGGCUGAACCAAAGCUUCUUCCAGAGUAAACGGGUGUUUGUCACCAAGGUGGACUCCGAUCGGAACUUUACGCCGCGCUACUCGGUCAUGGUAAAGCAGUUGAACGAAUACAUCACCGAAGACGACAUUUAUGAACAUUUUCGGAACAUCGGAGCAAUCGAAUGCGUUCAGAAGCCGGCCCGCAAUUAUGCGUACAUUUCCUUCGAGCGCAGCGAAAUGGCCCAGCGUGCGCUUAAAAUGAUGGAUCGUCACUUGAAAGGUGUCGAGGUGGAAAUCACCCCCAUCAAACGCAGUAUUUGCAUGUUGCUGGAGAAACCGAAAAAAUUUCAGUUCACUAGUAUCGCUAGUAAAUGUCAAGGUUUUGGUUUGAGAUACGAUGAAAAAGCCGAGACGGAAGUUAAAUUACUUGUCACCAAUAUUCCACGUCAGGUGCCGGAGAAGGAUAUCGUAGAUUAUUUGGAAAAGUUUGGAAAGAUUGUCGAUUGGGAAAUGCAAAAGUCUCCAAUUUCGGUGCUAACCAAUGUCGGUUACGUGACCUAUAUGAAUUCCAACAGUGCCCGUGAUGUGUUUUUGUAUGGACCUCAUUAUUUCCAAGGGGUCGCACUAGAUAUAUACAACCCUCGUAUUACGUACGGAGAGCGUAAGUCGACCACGGCAGUUCUGCUGAAAAGGACUAACAUUUUUCUAACAAAUGACGAAAUUUUCCAAGCAAUGAAUGAGUGCGGGCGCGUAGCUUACAUUCAUCGGGUGGAUGCAGUCAGACUCUGUACGGUUGUGCGCUUCCAGUUUUAUAUCGCUGUCAAUCAGGCACUGUCCGUAAAACGAAUAGCUCAGGAGAACGUCUACGUAACAAAGUAUACCGAUGAAAGUUAUUUAUCGGAUAUUGCACCGCUCGCAGAAACGUUCCCUAAAAGCAGCAUGCGCAUUUACAAAGAAAACGAACUGCGUAAAAUGAUGGAAGUGGAGAACCGUGCUGAAAUGCUAAAACUGCGAACGGAACCGAAUCCACUCUAUUUGAAUCCGAAUCCGGAAUUUUAUAAAAAUGAAGUUCAAAUUUUGAAUUAUCCUGACGGGAUCGGGCUGCCACAGCUUCGAGAAUAUUUUAAAAAAUGUGGCAAUGUGAUCAAUUUCCGAGAAGUUACACAAGGAUUUGUCCGAAUUGGAUACCUAAGCUUCGAUACUCGAUUGGGAGCCAGACGGGCAUGCUUGAUGAAUAAGAAUUUCAUAAACGGCAAACGUUUACUCAUUCAUAUGGCCAACGAAAAUCUGCUUAUUGACCCCGAAUUGUGCGUAAAUGUUACCGGAAUUAAUCCGGCCAUUGCCGACGAAGACAUCUACGACCAGUUUAACGAAAUUGGAAUGGUUAAGUUCGUGCUUCGGAAGUCCGCUGAAAGAGCAGUUGUUUGCAUGGAAUUCAAAGGAUGGCUAGAGGCUUCACUGCAGAUCCGAUCAAUUGGCGUACACAAAAUCGUCGUUACUCUAAUGAAUGCUACAUUUAGAGGUCCAUCUGUACAGCAAUUUGAGGUGCAGCAAAUUUUGAACAAAAAAUCAGCUGCCAAUCAGGGACCACCGUUAGUGCAAGAAAGUAGAUUGAAUUUGCGAAAUGUUCCGCUAACAAGCUUUGGUAUGAAUCCAAUCAAGACACCAACAACACCGACUGACAGAACAAAAACAGGGUUCAACGUUUCAUUGACAAGUCCCAGUGAAUCUAAAAAAAAUUCCAAUAAUCCUAAUGGUCGUGUAAUGAGCAAUAGUGGGUCAGAUACCACGAUGAGAAGUUCUAAUGAACAUAUGAGUCCCAGUGGACUCAACGGUCCCCUUCGUGUUCCUGGUCCUAGCAGCAUGAUGGGACCAAACGGUCCAAUAGAGAAUUUUGAUUAUAGCCCUAUGAGAGGGGCACCGGGCUCAAUGAUGGGACCGCAGGGCCCAAUGAUGGGACCACAGGGGCCAAUGAUGGGACCGCAGGGUCCAAUGAUGGGGCCACAGGGUCCAAUGAUGGGACCACAGGGUCCAAUGAUGGGACCACAAGGACCAAUGAUGGGACCCCGAGGUCCAAUGAUGGGACCGCAGGGUCCCAUGAUGGGACCGCCAGGUCCAAUGAUGGGUCCGCAGGGUCCAAUGAUGGGUCCGCAGGGUCCAAUGAUGGGUCCGCAGGGUCCAAUUAUGGGACCCCAGGGUCCAAUGAUGGGACCAAACGGUCCUCAAUCGAUGCCGUUUGUGACCCCUGCUAUGAAGCGAUUAAUGCAAAUUGUUGAAGGGAACAUGAUCAGCAUUCAGGCCUUUGCUUCACUGCCAAUGGCAGAACAAUUCCAUCUCGUCCAUGGAAUUAUAAAUCAAUUCCAAGAAGUACCCUACUUUAUCCACAUGAGCUUGGAUAAAAAGAUUAAUUAUCUCAUCAGUGGACAGAACGGCUUUAGAUGCGCGAAUUUGUUCACAUUGUUCACUUAUCCCCAGCAGCUGAGAUUGUUGAAUAUCAUUCAAACGGACUUCGUAAACACGAGUAGAGCACAGGCAAACCCUACUGGUCCACCGACUCAGGAUCAACCGCCAGUAUCUCAACAAACUGUUCAAGAAGAAUUGGAAACUAGCGGAUCUCUCGCACCCUGGCAGCUGAAGUCAUCGCGCACUUGGACCAACUCGGAUGACCCUGCUUUUCCGUCCAGUUCACUUUCCGCGCAAGAUCGCUUUGAAAAAGCAGAAAAAUUUAGAUCAUCAGAGGCCACUGCUGGAACAAAUCGCGCGGAAUAUCAAAAAUCUCGAUCGAUGUCUGUUUCACCGAUCAUGGUUCGUUCCAGGUCCAAUUCACCCUUUAAGCGAGACAGUUUAAGUCCUUUUUCAAGCGCCUUAUUGUCUAGCCCACUGCUGCACUACAAUCGAUCUUCGUCUAAAUCUCCAAGCCGUUUGAGACAUCGCACUCGAGCUAGACAACAAAGCCGAUCUCGCUCACCGAACGUGUCUUACCGUUCGCGUCUUACAUCGCCCUCUAGUAGAAGAGAUCGGGUCUACACUAGAUCACCGUCCAGAUCUCCAGAAUUUAUUCGUGCUCGAAGCUUUCGUUCCCGAAGUCCCGAAUGGCGUCCUAGCCGAAAAUCUUCAAGUUUAAGCCCAAGACGUUCAAAAAAUCGUUCACCAUUAUGGGAUGAGGAUAAGCAAAGAUCACCAACCUGGGACGACGAAAUACUUCGAGAAAAAAAGCAAGAAUCGUGCGCUUCCAGAGAUGAAAAUGAUGCGUCCAGUCGCAUUUAUGUCGACAAUUUGCCACUAGAAACCAACGAGGAAGAUGUGGCAGAUGUUUUCAGUCAGUUUGGUCAAAUCGUAACAAUAAACCUGACAUUGGCUCACGGCCAGAAGCGGGCCUUCAUCAAGUUCGACACGCUCGAUCAGGCGAUACGAGCCUUGGAGAUGCACCUGAAACUCUAUCGCGGUCAGCUGCUGCGGGUGGCUUUCCAAAACAAGAAACCAAAGGAGCGUCCCGGGUUUGCCAUCAGCGUAGCUGCUAAAGAACCGUACGACGAGAUCGCCAUGUAUGAGACGUUCAAAAUGUACGGUGAAAUUACAAACAUUUGGACGCGAUAUCACAACGAUAAAGCUUACUGUGUUAUCGACUUUAAGCACCGCGACGCAGUGCCGGCUGCGUUGGACGCCGAAAAACUAAUCACCGGCAACAGUUGCAAGGCACGUGCCAUCGUGUAAACGCAACCGGUGCUGGUAAGUACUAUCUAUACUGUUUAUUCGUUUUGUAUGAUUUUUCUUAACAGGACGAUAUUUUUCCCGAUUUAGAACGCUAAAAUCACUAGUGUUUAGAAUAAUCAUUGGUGGAACUAAGCCCUCCCCCAAGAAAAAUCGAAUUAACUGUUAUAGAGAGCCAUUGUUAUUUGCAUCGCCGACGAAAUAAAACGAUCGACAAAAAUUUCCGGUGCUAUAACCUUCUCUAGGUAUGAGCGCUAGUUCCGCCAUUGAGAAUAAUACCUAAUCUUAAUAUGAAAGGUUAGUAAGGUCACAUCAGUACGAUGUUAAAAAUCACAAUUUGAUAAGCUAAGCCAGUCGUACAUAAUAAGUAUUUUUAACACUCAAAAUACAACUACGACAGAUUGUUUUAGAAGCACUAAGAUAAAUUUAGUAUUGCAAUAGUAGCUUAAAUUCAUAUGUCGUAGACAAGAAAAUUUUUAAUAAUUUAAAUGUCCAAGUCUGUUUCGAAAACGUAAAUAUUAUAUGAUAUUAUUGUGAGUUAGGUACUAUAUAAUAACCUAUCUAUACUAUAUAUUAAACUACCUAUACAACUAUCUUAACCUUUACAUCACCGACAUCAAAAAUUAAAAUACUUUCAGUUACAGUUUUGGCUGUAUCUCCACUGAUUUUCAAUCGAUUUUUAUACAACUGGUCUUAAAAGAACCACAUUAGAUUGGCCUUUAAUGAAAAAUAUGCUGAUAAAUUAUGGUAGAGAUAUUCUAGACCACGGCGGGGGUUUUUUUUUUACGUUAUCAGAAAUUGACUGCGCAAAAGUUAUCCAUUUUAUUUGUAGUCACCAAUAAUGACUUUUACACUAUCCAUCCGGUAUCGGUUAUACCGGAACUCAAAAGUGGCCAAUUGAAAUUCUCUUUAGAAAUAUGGCAAACGUAAAGGGGGACGUCGGGGACGUAAAGGUUAAUCUAAUGAUAAGAAGUUUAAGCAUAAGACUACUAAUGAAAGAAUUAGGCAGACGUAACUAAAGGUUUUACUUGUUCUUGCACCAUUUUAAAUAAGACGAAUAGGCUUUCUUAGAUCAUAUAAUAUAUACCUACAUGGGGUUUAAACCCAUAUUGAAAUGAAAAGGCUAAUAUAAAAAUAUAGUCAGUGAAAUUUAAUGUAGCAUAAUCGUAAGCAUUCGUGCUCAUACGGUCGUACGUUAAGUACCGGUUUACAUAUUAAUUAACAACAAUUUUGUGGUUAUUACGAUUCAGAAACUCAAUAGCUUAGACAAUAGAUUUCUCUAGGAUAAGCCUUUCACAGCAUCGUAUAGUCUAGCUUUAACUUUUAGGGGAAAGAAAUAAAUUUGUCUAACUACCAACUACAAACAG